AUGUCACCAGUCGCGUCUGAUGGAGGCGACGAAAAUCAGGGGAAGAAAUCUCGUUGGCAUAAUGUGCAGCGUUAUAUCUGGGACGACCCAGAUAAGCCAGCUGCUGAGAAAAAGUUUCUUCUCAAGCUUGAUAUCUUCCUUCUGACUUAUACGUGCCUUGGCUACUUUUGCAAGAAUCUUGAUCAAGCAAACAUCAGCAAUGCCUACGUGUCAGGCAUGUCUGAAGCAAUCAACAUGGGCGGCAACGAGUUGACAUACGCUGCCAAUGUCUUCACGGCCGGCUACGUUAUCAGUCAGAUCCCCGCCGUCAUUCUCGUCACCAAAGUCCGCCCGUCCUACAUCAUCUCGACUCUCGAGAUCCUCUGGUCCAUCUGCACCUUUUGCUCUGCAGCCGUCACAAACGUGUCGCAGCUCUACGCCAUCCGCUUCCUCGUCGGCCUGUGCGAGGGCGCCUUCUUCCCGACCAUCAUCUACCUCAUCUCCAGCUGGUACACCCGAAGCGAGCGGGCCAAACGAGUGACCCUGUUCUACUCGACUACGUCCUUUGCAGGCAUGUUCUCUGGGUACCUCCAGGCGGGCGCAUACGACGGCCUCAACGGCAAGCUGGGCCAUUCCGGGUGGCAGUGGCUGUUCAUCGUCUGCGGUAUCAUCAGCCUCCCCGUCGGCGUCCUGGGGUACUUCUUCAACCCGGACUUCCCGGAGAACACGCGCGCCUUCUACCUCUCCAAGGACGAAGCUGCCUUCGCGCAGAAGCGCCUCGUCGACGACGGAUAUAAACCGCUGGGCGCAUCUGCGUGGACCAAGAAGAAGGUGUUCCGCAUCUUUACGAAAUGGCAGUUCUGGGUCCUGGGCGUCUCUUACUUCUUUGUGCAGAGCAGUUUCCCCUCGCAGCAGCCCUUCUUCGCUCUGUACCUCAAGGCCACCGAUCACACUGUCUACCAGCGGAACGUGUGGCCGACUGGUCAAUAUGCUGUCGGGGCUUUUACGCAGAUUGCGGCUGGGAUCCUUUCCGACUCCCCGCUGCUCGCUGGCCGAAGGUGGCAGGCCAUCACGGCCAUGCAGGGCGGGACCAUUUUUGCGACCAUCGUUCUGGCUGUCUGGAACGUGCCCGUCGGGCUGAAGUACUUUGCCUUUUACCUUUCCUACACGGCUGCCGGGGUGCCGGGCCUGUACUACUCAUGGUUUCCCGACCUGAUGCCCGACGAUCACGAGAUGAGAGGGUUCAUGACGGCCUUUUCGAAUGUUUUCUCCUAUAUUAACCAGAUUUGGUUCCAGGAUGCGGUGUGGAGGACGUCAGAGGCGCCCGAGUUCAAACCCGGUUUUAUUGCCUGCGCAGCUUUCGGCGUUGUAUUGAUCUUGACGGCUUUGUUGCUGCGGUGGCUGGAGCAGAGGGACAACCGGGGGAGGGUAAGGACGGAGGGUAUUUCCGGAGAGGUAAUCCAAGAUGAGGCGGUAUAG